CGGGCCAAGAUGGCGGCGCCCAGCGGCCGCACGGUGCUGGUGCGGGGCCUGCCCCCGAGCGCCACCGGCCCGCUCCUCGAGCGGCUCUUCGGGACCCUCGGGCCGCUCCGACGCUGCUUCGUGGUCACUGAGAAGGGCUCCCCAAAAUGCCGCGGGUUCGGCUACGUGACCUUCUCGCUGCCGGAGGACGCCGGGAGGGCCCUGCGGGAUCCCCCCGAGCUGGAGGGGCGGCCCCUGGGGGUGUCCCUGGCCCGACCCUGCCCCAGGACGGGCAGGGGGCCGCGAGGGGGGCAGGGGGGAGAGGGCGAGGCGGGGGAGCCCCCCUCGGAACCCUCCCGGCCGAAGAAGCCCCGGCCGCCCUCCCGCAAGGCCCGGCUCAUCCUGCGCAACCUCAGCUUCCAGUGCUCCGAGGACGAGCUCCAGGCUCUCUUCACUCCCUUCGGCUCCGUCCUGGAGCUGAACAUGCCCCGCAAACCUGAUGGGACCCCAAGAGGCUUCGCCUUCGUCCAGCUCCGGAACGUGCGGGAGGCGGCGGCGGCGCUGGGGGGGCUCAACGGGGCCCAGCUCCGAGGGCGGCCCCUGGCUGUGGACUGGGCUGUGGCCAAGGACAAGUACCAGGCGACACAGGGACCCCCCAAAACCUCUGGGGGGGUAGAGGAGGAAAAGAAGGAAGAAAAGGAUGAAGAAGAGAUGGAAGAGGAAGAGAAAGAAGAAGAAGAUGAAGCUGAAGAGGAAGAAGAGGAUGAGGAAGAAAAGGAGGAGGAAGAGAAGGAUGAAGAUAAACAAGAGAAUGAAGAUGAAGAAGAUGAUAAAGAGGAGAAUGAUGAUGAUGAAGAUGAAGAGGAGGAUGAAGAUGAAGAGGAGGAUGAAGAUGAAGAGGAGGAUGAAGAUGAAGAGGAGGAUGAAGAUGAAGAGGAUGAGGAGGAGGGGGUACCCCCCCCAAAGCGGGUGAAGGGGGGGCGGCCGCGCCCCUCGGACGUGGGCGAGGGCAGGACCGUCUUCAUUCGGAACCUCUCGUUCGACACCGAGGAGGAGACGCUGGAGGAGACCCUGCAGAGGUUUGGGGGGGUCACCUACGUCCGGCUGGUGCUGCACCCCAACACGGGGACCCCAAAAGGCUCUGCCUUUGCCCAGUUCGAGACCCCUGAAGGGGCCCAGAAAUGCCUCGAGGCUGCACAGGAGGGGUCUGAGGGUGGGGGGCUGCGCCUGGACGGGCGGGUGCUGCGUGUGGACCCCGCCCUGAGCCGGGACCAGGCCCAGCAGCUCCGGGGGGAGUCGGGGGGGGCCCGGCCCAGAACUGGCACCAGGAACCUCUACCUGGCCCGGGAGGGGGCCAUCCGCCCGGGCUCUAAGGCUGCCGAGGGCGUCAGCGACUCCGACAUGGCCAAGCGGGCACGGUUCGAGGAGCUGAAGCGGCGGCGGCUGCAGGACCCCAACGUGGGGGUGUCCCGGACCCGGCUGUGCCUCCACAACCUGCCCAAGGCCCUGGACACCCCCCGGCUGCGGGCGCUGCUCCGGGGGGUCCUGCAGCACAACGGGGGGAAGCCCCCACACAUCAAGGAGUGCCGGGUGAUGCGGGAGCUGCGGGGUCAGGGCCAGUCUUUGGGGUUCGCUUUCGUGGAGUUCGGGGAGCACGAGGAGGCUCUGGGGGCCCUGCGGCGCCUCAACAACAACCCCGAGCUCUUCGGGCCCCACAAGCGCCCCAUCGUGGAGUUUGCCCUGGAGGACCGGCGGAAGCUGCGGCUGCGGGAGCAGCGGAUCCAGCGCGGGCUGCUCAAGGCCAAGGCGAAGGCGGCUGAGUCUGCAAGAGCCUCGGAGACCCCCAAGGGACCCACAGAGCCCCCCAAGGGACCCACAGAGCCCCCCAAGGGCUCGGGUGGGCAGGCCCCUCCCAGCAAGGCCCCUCCCAGCAAGGCCCCCCCUGCCAAGGCCCCCUCGGGCCCCCCCGGGACCCCCUGGGCCGGGUUCCGCACGCAGGGCCCGGGGGGGCGGGGGGCACCCGGGACCCCCCGCAACAAAGUGCUGGCAGUGCCCUCGCACCGGGGGCCCAAGAUCAGGAAACGGGACAAGGGAAAGGCACAGCCCCUCUCUCCAAAGCCCCCAACCCCCAAGGCCUCUCGGCGGCGGGAGAAACAACAGGAGACCCCUCCCCAGAAGCAGCGGCGGCGCCGGGGGGGUCCCGGGGGGUCCGAGGCCCGGUUCAACGAGCUGGUGGAGAGGUACAAGAGGAAGAUUUUGGGGAACCACCCCACCACAGCCCGAGGGGGCAAGUGGUUUGAGAGCUGAGAUUUCCCCCCCCAGCACCCCUAACUCCCCCCCAGCACCCCAACCCUUCCCCAGGAGGUGCUGGGGAGAUCGCAGGCCCCAAACCCCACAGUGGGGGGUUUGGGGUCUGUGCUGGGCAGUGGGACCUACCUAACCCUGGCCCCCGCUGCCGGGGUUUGGUGGUGCCACCCCCAUCCUCACUGCCUGCUCCUGGGUUUUAAUAAAAAAAGUGUAUUUUGUGGACAAUAUGUCCCCUUGGCAUGCCCCCACCCCCACCCCUGGGACCCCCUGGCAUCCCAAAACAUCACCCCUG